AUGUCUGUCGAGAUCACUCCCUCCAAACAAGCCGCCUCUGCCAUCGAGUCGUUCAACAUGGAGUCUCCGAUCAAGAAGCUCGACUUCAACCCCGCCAAUAAGGAAAAUCAGCUCGUCGAAGAUGACACCGCUGCCCUCGCCAAGACCAUGGAUGAACAACAGCAGAUUAAGCCAGCGGCAGAAGAGGCCAAGGAGACAGAGAACACGGCCAAGCCGGCCGUGGCACCCGUUGUAAAGGAAGACGAGGUCGACGAACCUCUUCUUCGGGAGAACCCUGGGCGUUUCGUGCUCUUCCCCAUCAAGUACCAUGAGAUCUGGCAAAUGUACAAGAAGGCCGAGGCUUCUUUCUGGACUGCCGAAGAGAUCGACCUGUCUAAGGAUCUUCAUGACUGGAACAACCGGAUCAAUGAUGAUGAGAAGUACUUCAUCUCGCACAUUCUGGCCUUCUUCGCCGCCUCCGACGGCAUCGUGAACGAGAACCUCGUCGAGCGUUUCAGCGCUGAGGUCCAAGUUCCUGAGGCCCGCUGCUUCUACGGCUUUCAGAUCAUGAUGGAGAACAUUCACUCUGAGACCUACUCUCUCCUUAUCGACACUUACAUCAAGGAGCCGGCUCAGAGGCACUACCUCUUCAACGCCAUCGACACCAUCCCUGCUAUCCGCAAGAAGGCCGACUGGGCCCUCCAUUGGAUUUGUGACCAGAAGUCGACCUUCGCUCAGCGUCUGGUGGCUUUCGCUGCCGUCGAGGGCAUUUUCUUCAGUGGUGCCUUCGCCUCUAUUUUUUGGCUGAAGAAGCGUGGCCUGAUGCCCGGCCUGACCUUCUCCAACGAGCUGAUUUCUCGUGACGAGGGUCUCCACACGGACUUUGCCUGCCUCCUCUUCUCGCACCUCAACAACCGCCCCAGCAAGCAGGUGAUCCAGGACAUCAUCACCGAUGCCGUGACCAUCGAGCAGGAGUUCCUCACUGAGGCUUUGCCUUGCGGCCUGCUCGGCAUGAACUCGGACCUGAUGAAGCAGUACAUUGAGUUCGUCGCCGAUCGCCUGCUCGUCGCCCUAGGCAAUGAGAAGGUUUACAAGUCCGCCAACCCCUUUGACUUUAUGGAGAACAUCUCCCUCGGCGGCAAGACGAACUUCUUUGAGAAGCGCGUCGCCGACUACCAGAAGGCUGGUGUCAUGCACAGCGCCAAGAGGCCCCAGGAAGAGACAAGUUCGGGCGAGGGCGACAAGGGAGAUUUCGCCUUCGACGAGGACUUUUAA